AUGCUGAGAGGCCAGGCUUUUGGUAAAACUUUUAUACCAAACAUGGAUCUGACUGGAAAAACGAUCAUUGUAACCGGUGCCAACACUGGUCUUGGUCUGGAGUGUGUGAAGCAUCUCGUCCGUCUUGGUUCGUCCCACAUCAUCCUUGCAUGUCGAGACAUCAAGAAAGGCGAACUAGCAAUUGAAUCUGUGUAUCGCGAAACCAAACGCCAGGGCCAGACAAAGCUCGAGGUCUGGGACUUGGACUUGUCCUCUUACCAGAACGUCCUUGCUUUUGGAAAUCGUGUUUGCAGAGAGUUGCCUCGCCUUGACGCCUUCGUUGCCAACGCCGCUAUGGAGAUCCAGUCAUUCCAGACCGCUGAGAAGCUCGAGAAACAGCUCGCUGUCAACGUCGUCUCGACUUUCAUGUCUGCCAUCGCUGUUUUACCUGCACUUCGCAGAACAUCCGAGGAGCACAAGGUCCAAACUACCCUUACAUUCUGCGGGUCAAUGUACCACAUCUUCGGUCCGGACAGCGAGUUUGAUGCUGGUCUUUCCGACAACGUCGACAUGUUCGAUCUGCUCAGCGAUUCCAGUCGCACGGAUAUCGUGUGGAGAUACGCCUUAACCAAGCUCAUGGUCCAUCAGUGCGCCCAUGAACUAGCAGAUCGUCUCGGACAGAGCAAUUCGAAGGAUGAUGCGCAGAUUGUUCUCAACUUCAUCAAUCCAGGAUGGUGUGGUACUGAGCUAUCGCGCGCAAAACCUUCGAAUGCGGGAGAGAAAUUCUGCUUCGCAUUGAUCGGAUGGACAGCAGAGAAGGGCAGUCGAGCAUACGUCCAUGCCCUGGCGCAAGGAAAGGAGAGCCAUGGCAGGUACUUAUCCGAGUGCCAAUAUAAGCCAGAGUCCCAGUUCAUGCGGAGUGAGAGGGGCAGACAAAUCCAGAAGAAGGUCUGGAGAGACCUUAUACUUAGGAUACAGCAAGUGGCACCAGAAGUGGCAGCUCUAGUUUCAUAG